CACAACUUCACCUCCGUCACCACUUUGCCCAACGCCGCCUGCCAUUGCCGCCCCGCCACCUCGAAUAACCCCCGACGCACCACCGCAAUCAUGUCUGACAACGGCGAAAACGGCGAGGAGCUAGUCACCAAGCCCUUCAAGUUCGUCACUGGUGGCUUCGAUGCCCGCUUCCCCAACCAGAAUCAGACCAAGCACUGCUGGCAAAACUACGUCGACUACCACAAGUGCAUCACCGCCAAGGGCGAGGACUUUGCUCCCUGCAACCAGUUCAAGUUGGCCUACAAGUCUCUGUGCCCCAGCGGCUGGACAUCGCGAUGGGACGACCAGCGUGAGGCCGGAAACUUUCCCGUAAAGCUCGACCAGUAAGCGGCUCUCUCAGACGAGAUGUAGCAUGUAGCAAGUUUAUAGAGCAGGAAAAGGAAGAACCAGAGACUGGCAU